AUGGGCACGGGGAGGCACGCCACGCCGGGGCACGGCGGCGGCGCCGUGCCGUGCCGCGUAGUGCCGCCGUGCCAACAUCCCGGCCCGGGCAGGCCCUACGAGGGCGCCGGCGUGCCGGACCGUGCCCCUGGGCACGGCAGCACGGCAGGCCCGAGCGGCGGUGGCCGGGGCGGACCAUGGCGGGGAAGACCGGCGCAGCCGCACAGGCGACGGGUGGGGGCGGCGGCGGCCCUCGGCGGCGGUGGCGAGGUGGGCGAGGACGAGCUGCAGCUGGCCGGCGACGCGACGCGGCAGAGGCAGGGGACGCCGCCACCGAGAUUACUGCUUGCUAACAAGGUGGCCGUCAUCACGGGAGCCGCAAGCACAGUCGGCAAGGCGAUUGCCCAAAAAUUCUUCAACAACGGCGCCUCGGUCUUCCUCGCAGACAAGGAGCUGGACAAGUGCAGAAGCUUCGCAGAGCAACUGAUCAUCGAAAAGAACAAGGACCGGCCUAAUGAUAAAACCACGCAUCUCGACAUCUUCUACAACAACACCGAGUUCAACCACGUGUCUGCUCUGUUGAGCGACAGCAAAGCCUUCGAGAACACCAUGGCGGCCAACUUCCAGUCCGUCCUGGACAGCAUCAAUCUCGCCAGUGCUGUGAUGAAGAGCCAGAACCCGAAGGGAGGCUGCAUCCUCCUGAGGAGCAGCACCAUGGGCUUGCUCGGCGACCUGGUGCCGUCGGCGUACAGCAUCUCCCAGGCCGCAGCCAUCGGCGUGAUCCGGGCCAAGGCGGCGGAGCUGGCGGUGCACGGUGUGCGGGUGAAUGCUAUCUCGCAGCACGCCAACGUUCACAAGCGCGUGCUCAAGUCAAUCUUCCCCCACGCCGAGGAUGACCACCUUGAACAUAUGAUCAACAAGUACAUUAUGACCAAGAUGGCGACCGAAGAGGACGCGGCCGACGCGGCGGUGUACCUCGUGUCGGAGUACUGUAAGAGCGUGACAGGGAACAACCUCAUCCUGAACGGUGAGUUCACUCUUCCUUAG